AUGACAGAAGGCUAUCCAAUCACCUGCUCCAUGGAGAGCAGGAAUUGGGAAACUAAAAGCAAGGAGAAGAUGGAAAACCAAGCCUCAGAUAAUGCUGCAUCUCAGCUGAACCCUGGGAGACAAUUGUCACCAAUGGAUCAGAAUGAUGUGUUAUGGUCAAGAAAAGAGAUUUUUCCAAAAGGAUGCUUCAUACAAGUCAUGAUGAAAAGAGAGAAAAGUGAAGAUACAUGCCAGAAGCACAAGAAAUAUGGUGGCACAAGAAAAGACACUCUUUAUAUGGACACUUUGUGGUAUGAUUUCAGAAACAACCAAAGCAUAACCAGCAGCCGCUGCCUUUCGGGUGCAGUUGUCCGUGAUAGCAGAUUUAUAUGGGCAUCGGGAUUUACCUGCUCUUGGAGAUUCACAAAGGAUUGGGCAAGGAAUUCCUUUUUAGGAAUAUCCGGAGAUUUUGAGCUGCAUCCAUAUCCUUCACAAUCUCACCCAUCCAUCACAUCCGUCACUGGACCCUCCAUUCUAGAACAGCAGCAGCACAGAAGAUCUGAGAACAUCCCCAACAAAGGUCAAGAGCAGCAGGUGACGUACAGCGAGUUGAAAAAUCCCAAGCCUUCUCAGCAUUGGCAGAACAGGCGGUCUAAGGGUGAGAAGCUCACUUGUGCAGAGAGUGUGCAGCAGGAGACCUACACCGAGAUCCAGCAUAGCCAUGCCCAGCAGCCGGGGAGUUGUGAGGCUGGGCAGAGGACAGAUUGCCCUUCCCCUCCACUGAGAAUCAUCACUGGGAUACUGGGCAUCCUUUGUCUUGGGCUGGUAGCCACCAUGGCAAUUAAUGCUUUCUGCGCUUUCUCAAUACAUUCUCAACAAAAUCUGAAUCACACUUCUACAUUUCAUCACAACACAUCUGAUAAAGGAUGUCACUGUGCCUUGUGUCCAAAAAAAUGGGUAAGUUUUAGAAACAGCUGUUACUUCUUUUCUGAGGAAAAAAGAACUUGGUAUAACAGCACAACAGCCUGUACUGCUCAGAACUCCAGUCUCCUGAAAAUAGACAACAAGGAAGAACUGAAUUUCUUGAACCAACUUCCUAUUUAUUUCUGGAUUGGACUCUAUCGUCAUGAAAAUAAUGGUUUUUGGCAGUGGACAGAUGGCUCAGUGCUUUCCUCUAAACUGUUGAGCUUUAAAGAUACAAGUACCCCUGGGAACUGUGUAGCUUUUCAUCCCCGAAGUUCAGGAUCCGUACAAAAUUGUUCAACAGUCUGGAGCUAUAUCUGUGAAUUCACAAGAUAUUAAUCCUUUUCUUGAGAAUCCUUGAAAAUGAGGCUCUCAGCUUUGAUAAACCACGGACAUUCUCUGCCGAGGGAAUCUUUAAACAAUCCAGCAACUUUUCCAGUACGGGUUGGGUGUGUUUUCUUCCCACUGAUACUUGCAAGGCACCGAUGACUUCACUACAAGUGCCCUUGGAUCACCACGAGAAGAAGAUGAGACUGAAGCUCUUCCACUCUCCUACAGGAGAUGUUAACCAGCCAUUUGGAACUCCUGCUUAGCGAACCUUCACCAGUCUCACUCCUUGAGAACAAAGAAGUUCCUCAUCCAUUUGCAUAAUUAAAAUGUCAGUGUUUAUUCA